AUGAGGCUGAUGGUGUUGUUCAUGUUGGGAGUGUAUGGUAGUAAAGUCGAUUGUCAGAUUGCUUUGGCCAUUUACGCUCGCAGUAAACGAUGUACGUUGUUGAUGCAGAUUGACGAGAUGUGUAUGGUGAUGUGUGGAGCAUGGCUUUGUGGGUCUGACGGGAAAUGGGAGUUUGUUGUGGAUAAGACAAAUAUGGCGAGGAUGAUACCUGUUGUCCAUGAAGCGCUGACCAUAAAGGAGUUCGAGAUUCGGGUGUUUGCUGAGUUCAAGAAGUCGGAAACUUCUUUCAAUAUAGUGCUUAGCUAUUGGCCGCCGGACAGCAAGGAACUUGCAACCGGAAUUAAACCCCCCCCCCCCGUCCUGCUGACAAGCGAUGGUGCGCUUAGGUAUUUCUUUUCCCACAUGAAAGUCACCGGGAGUUUGAAUCUGUUCGCAACCUUCGACAUUUUUGGGUAUGGCGUUGGUUCGAAAACCAACUUCAUUAACCUUGAUGAUUUUCAGCUUAUUGAGGAGGUUGAGAAAUUAGAAGAGAGGUUGAUGUCAGAAAGUAACCCCACUGGUGGAGGUGAUUGUAGUGGCUGGAGUGACGGUAUUGACAGUGACUACAGUGGGCCAGAAGAGAUUGAUGAAAGGGAUGUUAGGCCUAGAGGUUAUGACGUUGAGUUUUUGGAGCCACUAAUUGAUGGUGAUUUGGGAGGCCGCAACGCUGUUGAAGUUGUGUUUAACGACAAAGAGGCCAAUGGGGUUGCGAAGUUGUCGGAGGGUAGCAGAAGUGAGCCUGUCGGGGAAAGCAGCGGCGGUGGUAGAUGUUUGAAGGGUGAGAUCCAUGUGGAUGACUUCGCUUGGAUGGGUAGAACGAGUUUAGGUGGACGGAACACUCGUGGUCAGGAGCCGGAGUUUGACAUUCCGCCUUUGUAUGAUGACACGGUGUACGAAGCCGCCGAAAUCCCAUGGUUAGAUGUCGAAGAGGCUAGUGGUGUUGUUCAUGUUGGGAAGGUGUAUGGUAGUAAAGUCGAUUGUCAGAUUGCUUUGGCCAUUUACGCUAUUAAAGGGCAGUUUCAGUUCAAACAGACGAGGACAAAGGUUGACUCGUUUGUGUGCGAGUGUCCCGAUGAUCGUUGUGACUGGAGAGUCACAGCUCAUGAGAUACGGGGUUGUGGUUACUAUGAAAUUAGGAAAGCUCAGCUGGAUCAUUCUUGUCCAAUCGAGAGUAGGAAUGGGUAUGGCAGUAGGGGAACUGCUAGGGUUAUCGCAGCAGUGUACAAGGCGAAAUUUAAAGAUCCUUCAAAAGGCCCAAAGGUGGUUGAAAUACAAAGGCUCUUGAUGGAGGAUCUUAGGCUGUCGGUAUCUUACAUGAAGUGUUACAGAGCCAAAGAGAAAGCAAUGUUUGAGUUGAGGGGACCAGAUGACGACUCGUAUAUGAAGCUGGCUGAGUAUCUUUAUAUGCUGAAACUUGCUAAUCCCGGGACGAUAGCUGAUAUUGAGACAGAGGUGGACGACGAAGGUGUGGAGCGGUUCCUUUACAUGUUUUUGGCGUUUGGGGCAUCUAUUAAGGGGUUCCACAAGCUGAGGCAUGUGUUGGUUGUAGACGGCACACAUCUAAGUGGGAAGUACAAGGGAGUGUUGCUUACAGCAAGCGGACAAGAUGGCAAUUUCCAAGUGUUUCCUAUGGCAUUUGCAAUAGUAGACAGUGAGGAUACUGAGGCUUGGACGUGGUUUCUGCAGAAGGUUGAGAGGCUAUUGGCGGAUUCGAGUAACCUUGCUAUAAUAUCAGACAUGGCCACUUUGAUUGCCAAUGCGGUCAGUUGUGUGUAUCCACAAGCCCAUCAUGGGUUUUGUAUCGUCCAUUUGGCCAGGAACGUGAAUGCUAGGUUUUCUAGCAAGGGGUUAGCGAGGUUGGUGACUGCGGCUGUGACUGCGCAUAGGAUGAGAGAUUACAAAAACUUCUGUGACAAGAUCAGGGCGUCAAACAACGAAUGUGGGGUCUAUUUGGGGAAGAUAGGGUCUGCACGUUGGUCUAAAACGUACUUUGGGGGGCAGAGGUAUAAUAUAAUGACUAGUAACAUAGUUGAACAGCUUAACAACGCAUUGGUAGAGGGUAGGUCGUCCCCAAUAAUUGAGUUGGUGAUGUUCAUACAAGGGAUGAUGACAAGGUGGUUCAGUGCAAGACGUAAGAAGGCCAAUAAGCACCGGGGUUUGAUGACAAUAGAAGUCGAUAAAGUGAUGACGAAGACCAUGGCGAUGUUUAGGGGCAGCAAGGUUAACUCUAUUUCUAGCUGGAGCUGCCAAGUUGUUGGGAAGUUUGGUGGUUCUGAGAGUGUUCAGUUGGAGCAGAAGAAGUGUACUUGCAAGUACUUUGACAACAUGAAGAUACCAUGUGGGCAUGCCAUGAUUGCAGCCGACAACAUAUGGCUCGCAUAUGAGACUAUGGUAGGACAUUGGUACAAGACGGUGGCGUGGAGGGAAACCUAUGCAGGUAUUAUUAGCCCAAUUGGCGACCCUAGGGAUGAAUAUAUUCCAGACAAUGUCAGGGAUGCAACGUUGAUGCCACCAUUGACUAAGAGGCCACCAUGA